UUGGAUAUGAGAAAGCUGUGCGCAAGAUGGGUGCCGUGCUUGCUCACAAUGGAACAAAAACAGCGUCGUGAGGAUGUUUCAAUCUAGUGUUUGACGAUGUUUCCAGGAAUAAAGCCGAGUUUUUGCGUCGAUUCAUAACCAUGGAUGAAACCUGGGUGCAUCACUUCACACUUGAGUCGAAGGAACAGUCGAAACAAUGGACUGUAAGGGGAAAACCAGCUCCAAAGAAGGCGAAGACUAGUUCCAUCUGCUGGCAAAGGACGGAAAAGAAUGCCUGUGCCUGGUCUCAGGAGAAGUUGAAAGAAUUAUUUACCAAUAUGAAGAUAGAAGGAGAUGAAGUUUCGUGUACAGUAACAGAGGUAGAAAAAUGCGAGGGUGAGGCAAUGGCAAACAAUAGAAAAGGUAAAUUAAUUUUCUUCUAUGAAUGGAAUAUUGUUUUAAAAUGGAUAUUCAACGAAAAAUCUGAUAAGAAGAUAGAAGGUAAAAUAAACAUUCCAAAUCUAUCCGAGGAGAAUGAUAUUUCUGAAAUAGACAUUGAAAUUACUUUGAAUGAUAGCACAGAUGAGGGUGAAUUGGUAAAACAUUUUUUACAUACAAAGGGAAAAGAAGCUAUCAGAAAAAAAUUGGAAAAAUAUGUCUCAUCUUUAAAAGAAGAAUUUACAGUUGGAAUGAUUCUACCCAAAAAAGAUAGUAUAAAGGAAAAUAUUUCAAAUAUCACUUCUGGAUUCAACGCAAAAAUGCAAAUGAAUUCUAGUGCAGUGUCAUCGAAUAAUAAAAUAGAAGUAGGCUGUAAGAUUUCGACAACAACAAUUAAACAACAGCAGAAAUUUCAAUGCAGAGCAGAAGAAUUUUACAGUGUUUUCUCAACAAUUGAGAUGGUUCAAGCUUUUACGAAAGGACCAGUUAAACUUGAACCAAAGAUAGGAGGCAAAUUCGAGAUGUUUGGUGGUAACAUACACGGUGACUUUGUGGAAAUUACACCAACAAAGAUCGUUCAAAGAUGGCGUUGUAAACAGUGGCCUAAUGGCCAUUUUAGCACUGUUACUAUCGAAAUUGCUGAGAAAAGUGAUCAUACUGAAGUGAACUUAACGCAAAUAGGUGUACCAGUUAGCGAAGAAGAACCGACAAAACAGAAUUGGGAAAGGUAUUACUGGGAUGCUAUAAAACGUACAUUUGGAUUUGGUUAUUUUAUGUAAUCUAUGUAUAUUCUAAAUGUCACUUGCUUAUUGAUAAGUAGAAAAAUAAUUAAAAUGUGUAUUAUCGUAAGCCGUCUCGCAAAUCCUUGAUGAACUAACCGCAUAAUAAUCAGCCUGGUAUAAAUUGUUU